UCGAGUGUACUCACUCUAGCCACAGUAGCCACGGCAGCCAGCCAGCGCUUUUAGUUCUGUUAUCGGUUCAGUCUCAGUCGGUGUUUCAGUUUAACCGGUUUGACGUGAUUUGCAUUUGCUCCGCUCGUGCGGUGGCUUCCGCAUCCCGGGGGCUGUGUCGUCAGUGUCGUUUGAUUAUGAUACCCGCGAACCUACCAGCGAGGCGAAGGCGCCUUAAAAUUUACAACGCCGUGGUCUGCUUCUUGGGUGUUCUGGUUUCGAUCUACGCCUACGUUGUCGAAACCCGUGCCGAGCACGACCCGAACUACGCGCCGAUGUGCGAUCUAAGCCCGAACGUAAGCUGCACCAAGGCGUUCAAUUCCCGGUACGGCAAAGGAUUGGGACUUCUCCAACGUUUCGUAGGUUCCGACUCUAUACUCGUGCAGCCGAACAGUGUCUAUGGAAUCAUCUUCUAUUGCACCGUUUUGAUCUGUGGCAUGUUUGAUGGAAGACGCUGGGACAAAUUGCACCUUGCUCUCUGCAUCCUGUCCAACAUCACAUCAGUCUACCUUGCCUACCUCCUUUACUUUGUGCUGUACGACCUCUGCGUGGUUUGCGUGACGACAUACGUGUGUAACGCAUUGCUCCUUGUAGGCAGCAUAUACCGUCCGAGUGCUGACGUUGUGAAAGCAAAAAAUGCGUAACUCAAGUUUUCAUUGCCAUGCAUAGCUGACCAUGCGCACAUUUGCAGCUGACCAAUCUGUUGUGUGGUAAGGCGCGAAUGUCUUAAUAGCAUUGUGAAUAUGUAUAUAGAACUGCGCUUCUAUGUGAAAAUUCCAACAGCGACAAUGAACUCCUAGGAAGGAGCUUGAUUUGCGUUUUGAACUUUUCACCUGGACGUCGUACCGUCUUUUGCUUGGCGUUUUGUUGUAGUAUUCCAGAUUAGGUAUGUCAAGAACCUGCGUUGCAUCUCUGAUUCAUGGAUGAAGCACUUCAUGGCAAUCUGUUUACACAGCCUGCUUUAUUUCGCCUACAACAAAUUUCCCUGAAAAAUUUAUUCAUUACUGCAGAAUCUCAUAUUUCGGUAGGGGGGAGAUCCAGUGUGCGAGGAGCAUGAAGUGACCAAAGAGCCAUGAAUUGGCAGUGCUGGUUUACUGAACAAAACUGUACAAACAUUAUUUCUCGCAUUAGCCUGUUGCAAUGUAACAAGCAUUGACAGUGCAGCAAACCUUUUCAUGGCACCGGAUGCGCCUGUUUAUUGGACUGUGCCAACUGCAUAUGGGGGCAUCACUGAUCUGGGCUGUGAUUUUGUAGCAAUGCCUUUUCCGAUGCAAUUCCUUAUUGCACUUCGUCAGUGGUCAGAGCGACACUGUGCCAGCAUUAUCAAUGGGGUCAGCCGGCUGUGAAUGAGAACAGUGCCACAGAAUCGAGCGGAAAGCAUCGCUACAAAAUUUUGGCCCUUGUCUGUGCAGCUUAUUUUGGUACUAUCAGAGGAUGAUUUUGGCUCAGCCCAGUCUUUUCUUGAAAAGACGUGCAUGUAGAAUAGGUAUGUAAUAUUAUAUAUAUAUAUAUACACACAAAAAAAGUCCACCCUGGGAAAACUACAAAUGUCUCAGAACACACCUCCUCUUUGUAACACAGCAUGUGCACACGGGAAAGGGGGGGGGGGGGCAUCACAUGUGAGCUCUCUGCAGCUCGUUCUGGUACAAGUGGCAGAUGAAUGGCUCAGUCUGUUUUUUUCUUGAAAAGGUGUAUGCGCCAGGUACCUUAGAUGUAUACCGAGAAAAUCCACUCUCGGAAAACCACAAAUGCCAUGGAACAAGACGUUGUGUAAAAGUGAGACCUUUUUUUACAAGGGAUUGUGCGACACUGUUUACGCACACUCUCAGUCCUCCCAAACACUCGUCCUCAUUGGAUGCCCUUAAAGAGACCUGAGCAUUUGGUCUAGUCAUGUUGCCGCACUGACGGGAUUGUGGGGUGUAAGCAUAUAUGUAUAUUGUGUGCUUCUAUUGUUGUCAUUGUAUACUUAACGUGAAACGUGUUACCUUAUGUGGGGUUUGUGGUCCCUGGUUAUCAACAAUCUUUCACCUUAGCCUAUACUUUCACUUCAGAAGGAAGUGCAAACAUGAGGAAACUAACUAGAAAGCACAUUUACUUUUCCACAUUCUCUCACGUGUGUUACACUCCUGUGAUUUAUCUAUAGACAAUUAGUUUUCAGUGUAAAGCACCUUUGGUGCCUGGCACACCAUGAUUGUAUAUGACAGUUUCGAGUACAGUCGUACCUGUUUUUAUAAACGCUUAUAGAACGAAUUAUCGGCUGUAAUAAGUAAAUCUACAAUGGUUCUCACCAAUAUCAUUAUGUAAUGAAUACAUACUUAUAACGAAUAUUAAAUAUAACAAAGGUAUUUUCAUGCCAGACGCGACUUUGUUGUAAUAAGGUUCAACUGUAGUAUGAAGCAUAAAAGAGCAGGUCUUGCUUUGUUUCUUCUCAGUGACAUUUCUGACGCGAUAGUAUGUAUUCAUUAGAAGUGAAAGGAAUAGUAGUUAUGUAAGCAUUGAGGUGUUACAGGUUAUGAAAUGGCAUUGUUGAUAGGUAGCUGCACGGUAAGCUUUUCGCGAUCCGUUUCAAGCUAUUGCACCAUGCAAAUUGCACACUGUUCAUUUUUUGAUGAUGCGGUCACGCUGAGAAUAUGUAUGCAUGCAUGCUUUGUUUUAGCUUAACAUUACCAAUGUGAAAACAUCAAACAUGUGUGAAGUUGUAGUCACUACAGAAUUUUACGCUCGCUAGUCUCUGGUAGCACAUGCACUGCACAAUUGGUUUUAUGUAGAGGUCACUUCAUUGCUUGUGACCAUGAACUAGGGUUAUACGACAUGUGCAUGAGAUUACAUAUGCUCAGAAGUCAUUUACACAGUGCUGCUGUGCAUUGCAGAAAUGUCCCAAUUGAGUCUUUUAUGGUGUUCAAGUGAAGUAUUUUUGUAAUGUAUAUUUAAAGAGAAAUAUAUAUUUACUGCUUAUUUUAAUAUACCAUGUAUUUUUCAUGAAUGUCUGUAUGGAGUAUUUCUGAAAUAAAUCUUCCUUCUU